GAUCUAGUUCAUGGGUUGAAAUCUACUCUCUUGUCCUUAUUUUAACACUCAAAAAUUAAUGGGAAUUCAGCUGUGCUGUGAAUUGUGAAAAUUAUAAGUUGGCACUUCCUGACUGGGGCAGCCCAGUUUGUCACAGGCCAGCACCGAUAGGACAGGAUCAUGUUCGUCCACUCUUUGAUGGUGUCGAACCACCUCUUUCUUUUGAAACAUAGAGGAUACGUUUAGGGCGCACAAGUCCAGCCCGUCUAUGAAGUGGAUAGCCAGCUCACUCUUCUCUCAGACACACUGUAUUUUGAGGUCUUUUCGAGUGGGUCGUCUGUGCACUGCCAAGAUGGCCUCUUCCUCCUCACCUAGUGGUGGAAACAGUGUGGUGCCUCAAAAAUCUUUGAUUGCUGUGUGUCAGAUGACAGCAACUUCAGAUAAAGAAGAGAAUCUGAAAACUGUGUUGGAGCUCAUCGCUUGCGGCACUCGCAGAGGAGCUAAGAUGAUCUUUCUGCCAGAAGCCUGCGAUUAUAUUGGAGAGUCAAAACAACAAUCAGUUGAUUUAGCUGAGCCUCUGAAUGGGAACUUUGUACAGCAGUGUCAGAAAGCUGCCCUGGAACAUUCUGUUUGGCUCUCAAUUGGAGGCUUCCAUCAGAAGGCUCCUGCAAGUGAAAAUCAGAAACUUCUGAAUACUCAUGUCCUCAUUAAUGACCAAGGGAAAGUGGAGGCAACCUACGACAAGACUCAUCUGUUUGACCUUGACAUUGCUGGCAAAGUGCGGCUAUGUGAAAGUGACUACGUGGUCCGAGGAGGUGGAAUAGUUCCUCCCGUGGCCACCCCAAUUGGCAGAGUUGGCCUGGCAAUCUGUUAUGACAUGAGGUUCCCAGAGAUGGCGCUAGCGCUGGCCCAGCAGGGUGCCCACCUGAUCACUUACCCAUCAGCCUUCACUCAGCCCACGGGCAUGGCACACUGGGAGUCGAUUCUGCGAGCCCGUGCCAUCGAGACCCAGUGUUAUGUGGUCGCAGCUGCUCAGACUGGCAGCCAUAAUGCCAAGCGCUCAUCCUAUGGUCAUGCAAUGGUGGUGGACCCGUGGGGUGCGGUGGUGGCUCAGUGCAGCGAGGGCACGGGCGUGUGUACCGCGGAGGUCGACCUGGCCUACUUGAACAAGCUGCGCGGGCAGAUGCCGGUCAUGCAGCACCGCAGGACGGACCUGUACGGCAAGGUCAACGCACUCGCGUCCAGCACUGGGAAAAUUUCCCCAGACGAUGAACCAAUUUACCCGUUUGGCCACGUCAAGGUCCCUUCUGCUCAAGUUUUCUACCGAACGCCGUUGUCGUUUGCCUUUGUGAACAUCAAGCCUGUUCUUCCCGGCCAUACUUUGGUUGCCACUCUGCGACCGGUCGUCCAUCUCUCCGAGUUGAGUCCAGCUGAACUGACCGACCUGUUCACCACCGUGCAGACUGUGUCCGAGGUGGUCAAGAAACACUUUGGGGCAUCGUCGAUGACCGUGGCUUUGCAGGACGGUCCAGAGGCUGGCCAGACUGUCAGACAUAUCCACGUGCACAUCCUGCCCAGAAAGAAAAAGGACUUUGAAGAUAACGAUGAUAUCUAUGAUAAGAUUCAAAACCACGACAAAGGCUGGACGGCUGAGACCCGUUUUCGCAGCGAGGAGGAAAUGGCUGAGGAAUCCAAGCAACUCCGACAAUACUUCUGUGACAGCUAACGCAUCACUUGCUUCUUGUUGAAGAUAGUCUUGUUCACCUAUCGAAUGACUUGCCAGAGUGAAUGUUUGUAUGUAUUAAGCUGCUUUGGGCACCAGGCACGGGGCUGGAAGGGUUAAAUGUUUGUACAGAGAUUUGGGAGGACGCAAGAGAAACAGAGUGCAGAAUCUCGGUGGGUGAUAUCUUUGCACUCAUUGCAUACAACAGACUUUUUUCUUUCCAGCACUUUUCUUUUCUACUGAUCCUGACCUCAUAGGACCUAGAGUGCUGAACCAUAAAGCACAAAACCAUUGUUUCAACUUCUGUUAAAUACCUGGAUAUCGGGAGAUGUCAUCUCUCACUCAGAGGUUGACGUGUAAUGACCCUCCAUCCUUCACGGUUGUGAGCUGCCGUUGUUGCACAUUCUGCCAUAUCCAGGCCAGUCCGUGUUUUUAUGUUGUCCUUCCAAGUUACACUUUGUUUUCCCCUUGCUCUCCCACCCCACAUCCUUCCUUCAAGCACCUCUUUCACAAUGGUCUUGUGUAGUUUUAUGUGGCCACAGUAUUGUAUUUUCCUCAAUUUUAUUUUAUUCAGCAGCGUUUGAACCGAACUGAGCCAAACAAUAAAAAUUAUGAAGUUUCAUGUUGUUUUCUACAGUGACUACUGGCUUGGUUGGCCUCUAUGUUUUACAUAAAUUGUAUUUCUGAAAAAAUGAAUUCAUCAAACUUUUUUGAUAAACAGUUUGAAGAGAAAUAAUGGAAACAAUUGAGUCUUUGGCAAGAAUACUCAUCUAUACCAGCUUUGAAUGUUUUUUCUGCGGGAACCUGUCUUUAUUGCAUGUUUACGUUUAUUCCAAUAUAUAUGUUUUCACAGCAAACCUAUCUAUAGCAGAUGUUUACUUUUUUUCCGGUGGCGUGUGACGUAGUCAGCUUUGAAUGUUUCUCAAGGGAACGUGUCUCAACCAGACGGUAGUGUUUAUUCCAGUGACAGGAUUUAUACUUAAGAAAUGAAUGCUUUCAUGAGAUUUUUGUCAAUCAUAUGUUUUUAUGUUUAUGCAUAUGUUUAUGUUUAUUCCGAUAGCCGGCGGUUUGGUCCGGGAAGCCUUCUAAUUCUAAAGUAGACAUGAAUGUUCAUCAUACCAGUGGAAGAUACUUGGUUUUGUAUCUUAUAUCCACACUGUGAGUGCAACAAAUAGUGCGUGUAGUUGUCAACUGUAAAAGAUGCUUUUCACUGUAGUCUCAAUGAGAAUGUUAUCACUGAAAUCACUUUCAACUUUCCAUUUUCAGAUAUAAAUGAAAUGAUUCUUCAGGACGCAAGUUUUAACAAGCAAUAUAUUGUUUUCAGUAUGGUUACAAGGUUUUGAUAGAAUUUUGAUGACAAUGAAAACAGAUGAAAAUUAAUAAAGAAUGAAAGACAUUGCGAA